CAUAUGUUUCCAAUUUUACUUGGGAGAAAGAUUCCAAAUUUUAACCUCCUCCCCCCUUAUAAAUACACCUCCUUCUCCAGCUUCUUUUCUUCGUAAACAAGUUUUAGCAUCCCUUACACUUCUUACCAUAAACCAAUCAAUUACUUAUUUCUUGCGUUACCUACUUUAAUUUCUUGUGUUAUUUGUUUUCUCCGAAUUAGAAAAAAAAAAAAAAAAACAGCAACUAUAAUGAUGUCAAUAUUCAGUUCUUUUGACGUUCUCUCUGCUGAGAUAUUUGGCCUUAAGGUGAAUCGCUCUUGGGCACCGGCCAGUACUGAGAAGAAACAACAAGAACAAGGGGUUUCGCCUCUUGUAUCCGAUCGCAAGAACGAGGCUUCUCCGCCGUCAACUUCUUCAACCGGUGGACUGAAGAAGGUCGGAGAGGCGGCGGCGGCGUCAUCUUCGCGACCACAGCAACAAAAGAGGCCGAGGUUUGCACUGGAAUUGGACGGCGUCCACUGUUUCGAGACAAUCCUUCCCUAUUGAUUUUCUUACAAUAAUUCCAAAAUUGAAAUUUUUAUUUUAUUUUUUUUUUGUUAAAAUUGAUAUUGAAAUUCUUUGUUCUUGUCUGGUUGUAAUCAACCAUGGGCAUGUAACCGUAAAUUCCGUUGAUACAAUUUAUUAUCUGAUAUUCUAUUAUUUUGAUUCA